AUGGCGGCCGCGGCGGUUGUGGCGGAGGAGGCGGGCCAGAGCGCCCCGUCCCCCUUCUCGGACGCCACGGACGCCACCAUCGACGCCGCGGGGGCGAUGGCCCCAGACACCGAGCCGGCGAGUCCUGCCAGCACCAGCGGCGGUGCUUUCGACGACUUCGGCGCCUCUGGCUCGCACAGGCUGGCAAGCCGCGUGUCCGCCGAGGAGCUGCUGGCCGCGUCGGAGGGCCUGGCGGCCGCCUCGGGCGACGUGCGAGGUGCUCCCCGCAGGCGCGACGGCGAGGACGGGCUGCCGUCGGCGAGGCACCCUGCCGAUGCGGGCGCGGACAUGAGCAGCUCCUCCUACUUCGGGACCCACGUGAAGCGCCCGCCCCCCGCCACGGACCGCGCGGCGCCGGAGCGGGGCGCCGCGGCGCAGAGGGCGAGCCCAGCGCUGGUGCAGGACCCGUUCCCGAAGGCCAGGGAGGCGGUGCUAAUGGACAGGCUCGCUGACGCCUCCCACGAGGUGUGGGGGCUGCGUAGCGCGGUGGGCGAGGCCAUGGGGCGUACGCAGGUGCGCCCCCUGGAGGUUCAGCAGAUCCUGCAGGCCGCAGAGGGCGUGCUGGCGCGCACGCGCCUGUCGGAGGCGGAGCUGGAGCAGGUAGGCUGGCCGUCUCAGGCGAUCCGCCAGAUGCGGGAUGCCUUGUCCUGUCUUGAGGUCUGGGAGCGUUGCGAGGAGGGCGCGAAGCAGGCCAUUGCCAACGAGCAGGCGGCCCUCCCAGCGCUGACCGGUGCGCUCGAGCAGGUCAUGGCCGGGUGGUGCCAGCUCUGCCGGCUGCAGGGGGGCGCCCUGAGGCUGGACGUGGGCCUCGAGAGGCGUGCCACGUCCGCGGGGCCCAUGGUGUCCGCCCUGCUGGACAAGGCGAUGGGCCUCCUGCGGGGGGCGCCGGACGUCGUGGCGGCGAGGCGGCUGGAGGCGCUGCUGCAGCGCGGCACCAGGCAGAGGGAGCUGCAGGGCUUCAGCGUCGCGAUCGGCGCGGCCCAGCACCUGCAGGAGAUCGGGGACCUGGCCAGCGGGAUCUCCGCAGAGGCGGUCGGCUCUCGGCCUGGGCAGGCCCGCGGCGCGCGGCUGGCGGUGCCGGAGCUGCUGUGGAAGGCCGUCAUGGACGGCGACUCGCGCACGGUCCAGGCGGUGAUCCAGCACGGCGGGUUGGUGUCUGGGCGCGCCGAGGACCCGCAGGGCCACACGGUCUUCUGGGAUGCCUUGGCGUUCCAGCGGGUGGACGUGGCCCUGCUGCUCCUCCGGCACUUUCCGCCCGGCACGUCGUACGGCGUGUGCCUCGGGGAGCAGCACCAGCGGAGCGGCAAUUCCCUGCUGCACUUGGCAGCCGGGCUUGCGAAUUUCACGUCGAAUGCCGAGGCGCUCUUUGCCGCUUUGUUCGACCAGGUUCCGGACGGACUGAAGGCACACAGGAAUAAGCGAGGACAGACGAUCGCCCACACCGCGGCUUCGCGCCCGAACUUCUGGGUCCUCCGCUUCCUCGCAGCGCGCAGCUUCGACUCGCUCCUCGUCGCCGAGGACAACGAGGGUCUGACUCCAUGCCAGAUGCUGGAGAGCGCCAUGGACAGCCUGGGCGUGCCGGAUCUGCUCCAGCCUCUGGACGCCUCCGCAUCGCGCAUGCCCUCGUGGUGCCCGCUCCGCUCCUUCCAGCCGCUCGCCGCAGGCCAGCGGCCGCCGCUCUCCGACGCGGUCGUGACCGUCGACGACGCGGCCCGUGGCCGGGUCGACUUCCACGUGCACCCAUCGUCCUGGCCACGAGCUCCACCGUGUGGCACCGGGUGCUGCUCGGCGCAGCGCUGCCAGAUGGUGCGGGAGGCGCGAGCAGUGCCGUCCUGCUGGCGCUGGACGACCAGCAGUGCAGCAGCGCCGAGGUGGCGCUGUUCGCCCUGCGCUUCCUGUACACGGGAGACACGGACUGCCCCUUCAGGGGCGACCCGAGCAUGUUGUUGCAGCUGCUGCGCCUCUGCGCGUCGUGUGGGCUGCCGGCGCCCCUGUCCGCGGUGGCGCUGGACGCGCUGUGCCAGCACGUCGACGUGCCCGAGGUGGCGAGGGAGCUGCUGCGCACGGUCUUCCCCGCGGGCGCGGCCAGGGUGCACGUGCCUGUGUCGCACCGCGCGCACGUCGCCCGCUGCCUCAUCUGCAGGGACGCCGUCUGGCAGGCUGCGGAGGAGGACGACCGCCCGAGGCUCCUCGAGGAGGCCCUCGCCUCGCUGGAGCAGGCGUGGGCGGCGCGCCAGGAGCGCCACGCGUGGUCGCAGGCCGCGGCGUCCGUUGCCAUGGUUGCCAGCGGCCAGUUAG